AUGCAAACAUCGUCGCCACCUUCCGCUGUUGCUAACACAACGAGUAGCAGUGCUGCUGCAGGAGGAAUCACAAACUCUGAGGGAACUGCUUCAGACUUUCAUGAUGAAUUAGCUCGGGAUAUUAGGGAACACUUGUUGCAACAACAACAAACAAAAGUUGAAAUUAAACGACAAGUGUCCGAUAUGGAGGCUGAGAAGGAGAGAAAAAAUUGGCUCAUUCAUGUGUUGUAUACUCGGCAAGAUAUUGAUGAGUGUUUACAAGUAAUUGAGGAGCAAAUUAAAUCGAGCGAAGGACGUUGUGAAUUUGCCUUAUACGUUAAAGGUUUGAUCAAACGGCAGCAAGGUGAUAUCACUCAAUCACUUCAAUUAUUUCAACAAGCAUGUAUUCUAAAUCCAAUGAACCCACAAAAUAUAAAACAAGUCGGAAAGAGCUUGUACUUGUUGGGUAAAUUCAAAGAGGCCAUUGAAAUUUAUGAUGAAGCCAAAAAAAUCUCACCUCAAGACUGGGAAAUUUAUCACAAUAAGGGUUUGUGCCAUGCCAAUUUGGGUGAAUUUGAAAAGGCUGAAGAUUGUUAUCAGAGAGCCAACUCCAUUCAUCGACACGACAUUACAUUCAUAGAACUUGGUAAAAUUUUCACAAUUCAAGAACGAUACGAAGAAGCUAUUGAUAUCUAUCUUGAAGCUCUUGACUUCUCUCCAGAAAAUCCCGAAUUAUUAAGCACUGUUGGAUUGUUGUAUUUGAGAGUUGGUGAUAAUUUGAAAGCAUUUGAUUAUUUAGGAAACUCCCUCUCCCAUGAUCCUUCGAACCCAAAAACCAUUCUAGCUACAGGAUCCAUCAUUCAAGAUCAUGGAGAAAUGGAUGUGGCAUUGAGCAAGUAUAGAAUUGCAGCUAAAAAGAACCCAAACUCUGCACAGCUUUGGAAUAAUAUCGGAAUGUGCUUCUUUGGCAAAUUGGAUUAUGUGACUUCAAUAGCAUGCCUGAAGAGAGCUCUGUAUUUGGCACCUUUUGAAUGGAUCAUUUCAUACAAUUUAGGCCUUGUUCACUUGAACACAAAACAAUACGCAUCAGCCUUUCAUUACUUUUCGACUUCUAUCAAUUUGAAUCCUAAUUUUGCCAGCACUUACAUGUACUUGGGUAUAACAUUGAAUCGACUAGAGGAUUUUGAAAAUGCCUGCUCCGCCUACGAGAAAGCCAUUGAAAUGGAAAGUGAUUAUUUGUUUGAAUUGAAUUACGCCAUUACUCUAUUUAAUCAUCAGCAUUUAGAGCAAGCUCGUGUGCACUUUUUAGAAUUUGAAAGAUUAUUCCAAGAGGCCCACUCUGGUGAGGAUGCUGAAGAAUGUGACGAUGAGUAUAUCCUAGAAGCAAGGAAAAAAUUAUCAUCGUUAUUGUCAUGA